CAUUCUUUUUUCCCCUCUAGUGUUCUCAUAUUCUCACCGACAUUUAACUACAUGUAUGCAUUCAUCUACUAAAGGUGAAACAGAAGAAAAAGAAGAGCAAAAACAGCAAAAUUUAUUGUGCCCUUUAUCUCCUCAUUAAAAUUUCCUUCUUCCUCAAUUCUUAUGUCAAAAAAACCAUACAACACAUUAAAUUUUGACCAAAUCCCACUUCCCAGGGUGAAACCUUCACUAUAAUAGACAACCAACCAUCUCUCUCUUCUUUACUUCUCCCUUUUUAAUUUUCACUUGUUCAUAUCCUUUUAGAUUCUUCUCUUCUAAUUCUGAUACUUUUAAGUGGUGCCCAUUUCUUUUCUCUACUAUUCUUUUCCCUUAUUCUUGUAUUUCUGGGUCGUUUUUCUUUCUUAUUUAUCUUCCACCGACUACUAAUAAACCCUCAAUACAAGGUUCUAUAGAUUUACUUUAAUUUCACUCAACUUUCCUUUUCAUCAAUUGCAACAUGUUAUGUGUAAGAGGCUUUUUGGUUUGCUAAGAUGUCACACAAUAAAGAAACAACAACGAUGAGCAGCAACAACAUGUUUUCUAAGGGUAAGAAAUCCGGUCAUGAAUGUGAAUUAAGGCCAGGUGGAAUGCUUGUUCAGAAGCGUGAUUCAAACUCGGAUCGAAACUCCGAUUCGGCUGCAAUGUCCACCAUCAUGGUUAAAGUGAAAUAUGGAUCUGCUUAUCACGAACUUCGUAUUAGUUCGCAUGCAAGUUUUGGGGAACUGAAGAAGAUGUUGAGAGAACGUACAGGGUUGCAUGCUCAGGAUCAAAAGUUAAUGUUUAAGAAGAAAGAGAGAGAUUCAAAAUCAUAUUUGGACGUUGAAAGAGUCAGAGAUGGAUCAAAGUUGGUGCUUUUUGAGAAAAUUGAGAGCAGAGAAAGAAGGAUGCUUGAGACCUUAAGAAUUGCAAAGAAGGAGAAAGCCUCAAAAUCCUUGAAGGAAAUUAAUCACCAGGUUCAACCACUUGCUCACAAGGUUUCAGCUUUGGAAGCUGGUGCUUCUACAGGCGAGGUUGUAGCAGAGUUGCAUAUAGAGAGUUUGACAGAAAAUCUGAUGAGAAUAUUGAUUACAUUGAAUGAAAUUUUCGCUGAGGGGGACCUGAAAUUACAAAAAAGUGAGCAGGUUAGGAGAGUUCAGAAGCAUAUUGAGACUCUUGAUACAUUGAAGAUGAAAAGGGAAAAAAACGUGCCUCAAAAAAUUAAAGCAGUGGAGGAGCAACAACUAAAACAUUGGGACUCCGUUGUUGUAACAACAAAAUGGGAAACUUUUGAUUGAGGCUAUUAAAUAUCUUAAUUACUAGCUUCUUCUCUUCCCUUCAUGUAACGCUUUUUCUUCUCUCAAUUAUAUUAUUGGGCUAUAACUUAAUUCCAGAAGCUACUAGUUUCUUACUAGCAAUAAUUAAUGGGUAGUUCUUGUUUCAUUUUCCAAUAUGCCUGCAAAAAAGGUUUUAAUUCUCUAAGUAGAGUGAAUACCCCACUCGACUCCUGACAAUUAUCUCGAAAGGAUAACACGACUUCCAAAAAAAAUACUAAAUCCGGCCUCUGAUAUUUUUUUUAGAAUUGAUUAGCUUCUGUACUAAAAAAAAUACAAUGACUUUUUUUGGUACAGGAGCUAAUCUGUCUCAUAAAAGUAAAGUUCAGACGUCGGAUUGGUAUUUUUUUUGUCAAAGGCCUCGUUGUCUUUUGAGGUAAUCGUUAGAGGCUGUUUUAGAUUUUUCUCUAAGUAUUUUAAACAAUUCUUUUGAAUAUCUGAGACUAACUAGUAAAUGACUGAAUAUACAGUUUUUUUUAUUUAUUUUUUAUUUUUAUGAGUGAAUGUACAGUUUUGUUGUUACACGUGAAUGUGAUAAAACAAUAAUGUAUCAGACAGUUUUUCACUUGAUCAACUACUUAUUAUUAACAUGUAGU